AUGAAGUUCAUCCGCCGUGCGCACGGCAAGCGCCUCGGCCCUCUACGCAAGCUUAGGGAUGAAGUCCUCGAAACGGAAGCUCUCGUCACAACUACCUCUGCGAAACACUUCUUGUCCAACCGCUCGCGCACCACCAGAAGAAUGCGCGAGAAGCUUGCCAACUCGCGAACCCCCGCUCGCGAAAGGAGUGAGGAGCCGCCGGAAAGCGUCAGCAGAAAACGCCAGAGAACCGAUCGCAGUGCGCCUCAGAGGCGCACCCCAGCAAAGGCGAGAACUUCAAGCGGUGCUGAGCCAGCCUCGGAAGAGAGAGCAGGUGCGCGGCGACCCAGUCGUAGCCAAGCCCUGAGUCGAGACGAAGAUUCCUACACUGUGAUUGCAGGUCAAGCUCGUUCCGAAGAUAAAGACAUAGACGCAAUGCCUCUUGACGAGCUUCUGCAUGAAAGUGACUUACCAGAUGAUGAAAUCGCUGGAACUGCGCAAGACCACAGGAGAGCAGCAGAGCAAGAUGUGGAAAGGGAAGAAGGCGCAAGCAGGGGCGAAGCCAGUGACGAUAUGAUUCGAUGGGAGAAAAAGAAGAGACUCAUUGAACAACUUAGAGAGACGGCCGAAGUUCUCCACAGAGUAGAAAUGCCCGGCAUGGUGGAAAAGAUGAUGCUACGUGCAUGUCAACUCCUGGACGAGGAAGCACUCUGAGCAAGAUGAAAACGGGUUGUAGCACUGGCUGCGUUUUCAUUCCUCUCCUGGUUUAUAGUACUCUCUCCGUUUUCUUGCAAUGAUCGUGUUUUGCUCCCUAUUAUUGCUCCAGUUUCAGCCAAACAACAACUGGGAAGCACUUCGAGGCCCCCACGUGGAGGUAUAGUGUUUUGUUUGUUGUGCAGACUUUGAAUCUGCCCCGCCGUGAUCCAAGUACAGACGGAAGCACCACAUAAGUUAUGCCUGCGAUGGAUGCUGAAGACCUUGCAAGACUUGCGAUCCCUGCUUGGCGUAAUCAUCAGAAUGUGGAAUGAUGGAACGGUGUACCCCAUUGCACAUUCGAUUGAAGUUGUUUUCAUUCAAAGAAGGCAGGCGUGGCCUUUGAAUUCCUUCCGUUGUUGGAAAGAAUGCCCUCACUAAUUCUGGGAACAGGCUUGCAGCAUGAAAGCUGUAAAACAGAGAACAUCGACCAGAAACAUGCCUAUACUUCGCUCUCCUAGAUGAGCACCCCAUCCUCCUUUGAUGUAAAGUGAAUACGAAGGAAAUGUGCUGGCAGGCAAUUUCCACAACU